AUGAUCAGGUCUUCCUCUUAUUCUUCUUUCUUUCUUUCUUUCUUUCUUUUUAUUCUUCUUUUUUCUUAUUCUUCUUCCUUCAUCUUCUACUUUCUUCUUUUUCUUUCCUUUUCUUUUUCUUCCCUUUUCGUUUUCUUCUUUCUUCUUCCUUCAUCUUCUUUUUUCUUCUUCUUUCUUUUUCUUCUUCUUCCUUCUUCUUUCUUCUUCUUCUUCUUCUUCUUUGUUCCUCCUCUGCUUUCUUCCUCUUCUUCUUCUUUUUUCUUCAUCUUCUUUCUUCCUCUUUUUCUUCUUUUUUCUUCUCCUUCUUGUUCCUUCAUCUUCUUCUUUCUUUUAUUUCUUCUUCCUUCUUCUUUCUUCUUCUUUGUUCAUCUUCUUCUUUCUUCUUCCUCCUCCUCCUUCUUUUUUCUUCAUCUUCUUUAUUGCUCCUUCUUUAUCUUCCUUUUUCUUCUUCUUUCUUUUUAUCCUUCUUCCUUUUUCUUUCUUCUUCUUCUUUGUUCAUCUUCUUCUUUCUUCUUCCUCCUCCUCCUUCUUUUUUCUUCCUUUUUCUUUUUCUUCAUCUUCUUUCUUCCUCCUCCUUCUUUCUUUUUCUUCUUCCUUCAUCUUAUUCUUCUUCUUUCUUUUCAUUCUUCUUCGUUCUUCUUCUUUUUCUUUCUUUCUUCUUCUUUUUUUCUUCUUUCUUCUUCUUCUUUCUUCUUCUUCUAUAUGCCACGUCCCUUCAGGACAUAG